GGUUUAGAAGCUUUUGCUCCAGUCCAGCAGGAUUUAGAGGUGUUUUUUUCACCACCUUUUAUAAACACUCGUGUACUAGCCAAAAAACAGAAAAAGCAGGACAGGGGUUGUAUUUUGAAACGCACCCCUAAACCAUGUGUCACGUUUCCAUAGUCACGUCAUAUCGCCUCCACCAUGUUGUAGGAAAUCCACCGCUGCUCCUCUCUCACUGUCAGAUUAGAGUUUAAUCCGAGGGGGAGGAUACACUGUCAAGACGCUGUCUGCAUCUUGGAAGGACUGUCGCUGUUUAUGCACUCAAAGUAAACGCGACUUUUUUUUUUUAACGUGAGACUGUCAGUUUUUCUACAAUAAACGGCCUGCACACCGAAGAUGAAACACCAGUCUUCUGUUGCUGUCUUUGCCUGUCGGUCGAUUUGCCAAUACGUUAAAAUGUUAGCCGGCUAACUAGCUGAAAAAGAGUAACUAAAUCGGAUUAGCUGCUAGCGGCAGCCUCUCUCUAGGUUAUAUCCAGGUAUUGCUGUACUUGACAACUAUUAGCAAACAGUCGCCUUUGUUUAUGUUUCAUUGUUUCUUACAUUUUUUUUGUCAACGUUACCACUUUGUGCUGUAAUUAUUCACUAGCAUUAAUGUUUCUGUAGGCUAGCUAGGUUAAUAGUCAGUCGGGAAAGAAGAGGAGCUGGAGCUCUUUUCGCUAGCUAAUCAAGUGUUUGUAGGAAAGAGCAAAAAUCAUUAGUGCCUCCGACCACCACCGAGAGUCAAGACGGAGUUGACGGCCAGGCUGAUGUGCUAGCUUGUCUUCGGGCCAGCUGGCGAGAGAGCUGCUCAAGAUUUUAUCCCUAGAAAUUAGCCCCCAGACGAAGCAAAGAUGUCAGGAAAGGAUAAAGACAAACAGGAGAAACAGUCCACAACGGAGCGGCUCGUAAAAGCUGUGCCAUACCCUCCACAACAUAAGCUGACUUUGAAAGAGCUAUUUGAAGAUGGCAAGCCCAAUGCUGAGCUGCUCCGCAACCACCUCGUCAAAGAAGGCAGGGUGGAAGAGGACGUGGCUCUAAAGAUCAUCAACGAUGGGGCCAACAUCCUCCGUCAAGAGAAGUGCAUGCUGGAAGUGGAGGCACCUAUAACAGUAUGUGGUGACGUCCAUGGACAGUUCUUUGACCUUAUGAAGUUGUUUGAAGUGGGGGGAUCACCCAGUAACACACGCUAUCUCUUCCUUGGUGACUACGUAGAUCGAGGAUACUUCAGUAUUGAGUGUGUUCUCUACCUCUGGUCGCUCAAGAUCAACCACCCCACCACACUCUUCCUCCUACGUGGGAACCACGAGUGCCGACACCUCACAGAGUACUUCACCUUCAAACAGGAAUGUAAAAUUAAAUACUCUGAACGGGUGUAUGACGCCUGUAUGGAGGCCUUUGACUGCCUGCCCCUCGCUGCCCUGCUCAAUCAGCAGUUCCUGUGUGUACAUGGCGGACUUUCACCAGAAAUCAACUGCCUAGACGACAUAAGGAAAUUAGACAGGUUUAAAGAGCCCCCAGCAUUUGGGCCAAUGUGUGACCUGAUUUGGGCCGACCCUGGUGAGGACUAUGGCAGCGAAAAGACAUCAGAACACUUCAACCAUAACUCCGUCAGAGGCUGCUCUUACUUUUUCAGUUACUCAGCAGUCUGUGACUUUUUGGUAAAUAAUAACCUGCUGUCAGUAAUAAGAGCCCAUGAAGCACAGGAUGCAGGGUAUCGGAUGUACCGAAAAAGCCAGACUACAGGCUUCCCCUCAUUAAUCACAAUCUUUUCAGCUCCAAAUUACCUAGAUGUCUACAACAACAAAGCUGCCGUAUUAAAAUAUGAGAACAACGUGAUGAACAUCCGACAGUUCAACUGCUCCCCCCACCCUUACUGGUUGCCCAACUUUAUGGAUGUCUUCACAUGGUCUUUGCCUUUUGUUGGAGAAAAAGUGACAGAGAUGCUGGUGAAUGUACUGAACAUUUGCUCUGACGAUGAGCUCAUGUCAGAGGGAGAUGAUCUAUAUGAAGGUGGAACCUCUGCGAUGCGUAAGGAGGUCAUUCGGAACAAGAUUCGUGCUGUGGGGAAAAUGGCCCGAGUCUUCUCAGUCCUCAGGGAGGAAAGCGAGAAUGUGUUAACUCUCAAAGGCCUCACCCCAACUGGAACUCUUCCUCUGGGAGUGUUGUCGGGGGGAAAGCAGACCUUACAGACCGCUACGAUUGAGGCAGCUAAAGCAAAAGCCAUUCAAGGCUUCUCUCCCACGAGGAAGAUUCGUAACUUCGAGGAGGCGCGCGGCCUGGAUAGGAUAAACGAGAGGAUGCCACCGCGCAAAGAUGGCCAGCAGCCAGACGGCACCACGAUCAACACCAACACCCCCAACAAGAAUGGCACUGAUGGAUAGGCAACAGAAAAACCACCUUCCCAUCUUCACACAACCCACUCCCCCCUGACUCAUAACCCCCUACCACUCUCUCUCUCUCUCUCUCUCUCCUCUCUCUCUCUUUCUGUCUCUCUCUGUCUUCUCCACUGAAACUGCCUGUCCAUUUUCUGCUCGCCCACAGUUGGGCGGGAACAGGAAGCGGGACACAUCAGUAGGUAAAAACAAAAGGAGGCCACAGCGCCUGGAAAACAGGCGCAGCCGCUGAGAAAAAAUAAAGACAAACAUAUGAUGUGUUAUUUGGUGGGGGAAACAUAUUUAUUAAAGAUUAAAUAUAUUAGAUAUAUUGUUUAAUAGCAACAAAUGAUUGGAUGAAGACAUUUUGCAGUUGUUCAAAUGUAUACCAUACACUGAAGUCCUAACUUAUACAUGUCAAGGUUAUCAAAAAGAGGAUUUUUUUUUAAAUAUGAGUUGAUGCAGAUAGAUGAAGCCUUUGUUAUUGAGGAAUUUUAGUCAUUUUUUUAUUCUCCAUGUGUUUGGUAAGGAAAUUUUGAAGUUCAAAUACUGUAGCCUCAGUGGUUAAUUUGGAUCUUGCAAGGUUCUUGUCAAGAUAUGUUUGGCCCUUGAGGUUCUACAUACAGUGCAGUGUUUUGCUUAUAUGUGUUCAGUUAAAGGAUUAUGUAUUAAGAGGUGAUACAAAGAAUAAGGGAAGUAAACUAUAUACGAACAAUUAAUAUUUUAUACUUGAAGCAAAAUUUAAUGAAGACUUAGAAUCUUGUUUAUAAAAUUUCCAUAAAACUUUGAGAGUCCCAAAGAUGCUGAAUGGAUUUUUGUUCAGUAUUUUGUUCCAGAAUAACAACUUCCUGUAUUAUAAUUUGUGAAUGAAAAAUUCACAAAUCCUUCAACAGAGUGAAGGGUUAACGCUUUUUGUGCAAUGAUAGUUGCUGUUGCUGGCUUUUCUGUGCUGGUUAUGACUUUGUGUUCACUUGAUGGCAACAAGGACGUCUCUCGCUCUGCUAAACCAAAAAAGGGAUACACAGUGCAGCUUGUCUUAUUUUAUCACCACAACCAGACCUGCAGAUACUCCCACAUCCCGGUCAGAAGCAUUUCUUCUUCUUCUUCUUCUUCUUCUUCUUCUUCUUCUUCUUCUUCUUCUUCUUCUUCUUCUUGAGCGCUGAAAUUAAGUCAACCUCUCCGGGGUCAAGCUGAAGAUUAUAGCGCGAGAAAAGGGCCGACUUUUCUCCUGAGUUGUCAUUUUGGACAAAAGAGGACAUAUUGGCUUAGAAAGCAGGGGAACUGUUGGCCAUGCUGUCAUCAAAACAGGCUUAUUAGUGCUUCAGUGUAUUAAACAGAAUUAUUUGAUUUGAUGAUUUAUUGUCAAACACUAAAAAAAAAAAAGAAAAGAAAAAAAAGCGCAUUGUGCUUUUGGGGCUUUCCUUUGUUUCUGAAGCUGUAUUAGUGUCUCCAUCUACUGUUGAUUAUACAGAAUGCAGAUGGUUUUUUUUAUCGUGAUAACGCAUCAAAUAAGGGAAACAUUCAGUGAAAUGACAGCAUUUUGACGAUGCUGUACGCGCACACAAAGGACUGAGUCAUUCCCCUCUGCAGGGAUGAUACUAUAAAAGGUACCGCCGCCACACAGCUGUCUAUCAAGGCCUAAGAGUACUGUAAUCAUCUCAACCAUUGCUGACUCAUACAUACAGUAUAUUAUUUUUACAACUCGUGGUCAUACCAAGAAGGGGGACCAUUAUAACACUUGCUUAGAUCGCUGGUGUGUGUAUGCUUUUCUGCUCUCAAGUAUUCAGCUCUCUUCUGGCCACCUCCACUCCUCUUCACAGGCACUCCCAACCCUUUAAGACGUGCUUUUAUUAAGACAUACGACCGACUGGUGCUUCGACACACCUGACUGUAAUUCUGUUGUCUUUGUCACUCAAGAAAAAGUGAGGAAAUAACCUUUAAGAUUUGUUGUCUUCUAUUUUCUGGGUUUUUUUUCUCUUCUUCUUUUUUUUUAAUGAGGCGUUUGCGCUCAUGUGCCAUGCCACCUUGGCCACACAUGUUGAGAUCUGUAUGUGUGUGUGUGUGUGGAUGGUGCACAGAGUCAAGCCAGGAGACUUUCAAUCACACACAAUUAAAACUUCUAUGUCAUUAAUGUUAAUCUUGAUAUCCUUAAAAUUUCCAAAAAUAUUGUUGUUUGCCGUUCUGUUCAGUAGACUUUUGGGAAAGCUUCCUGAAGAUUAAGUAUUUGGGUUUACAUUCAUAACUGUGAUGUUUAAAUUUGUUUUAAAGAUAAGGCUUUAUUGGGUGAGCCAUACAGUAUACUGACCUCCUGUUAGGUCUUAUACAUAUCUCGCAGAAUGUACGAAAAAAAAAGUAUAUUGUUCAUUUAAGAAUCUUAUAAUAGCUGUAAGGGGUGAAAAACUGUACCGUAUUUGUCAUGCGAGGCCAUGAAAUCUUUUACGUAGAUGUAUCACUUGAAAGAAAAGAAUAAAAUUCAAAUAUAGUGUUUUAUUUGACCCAUCUUGGACAUUAUUUAUUGUUUUCACUUAAAGCUGCAUCAGAUAUUCUUCAGCAAUCUCAGAACCAAGUAGGCAUCAGUCCAAUGACAACAAAGCCACUGGGAGCAUCGGCAAUAUUUCGGGUGAUCCAAUGAAGCUAGUAGCUGUCUUAGCCAAGACGUCUUCCUCUGUGCACUUGUCUUCAUGGCUGAACCCUUACAAACACACACCUGCAUGUGAUGUAGAUACAUUUUUAAAAAGCUAAUAUAAAGCUGAAUUGUGGGCAGAUGAUAACUGAUGGGUUUCAAGAUUGAAAUCCGAUCUGUACAUCAACCAUA